AAGUGUGUGGCGGAGUUCUUUAUCAAGCUCAGAUCACGGAUCUUCUCUCCUUCCAUUCUGAAUAUAUUCCGAUGAGUCCAUAGAUUAAGAAGAACGCCACUAGCAAUGUCUCAAGAACAAUUGAGGAGAUUUUAUUCUUCAUCUUGCUGCUACAUGGAGUACUAUUGAACUAGUGAGGAGCAUUGUCUUUGAAUAUCCAUGUCUUUUAUUGGAUAUAAAGUCAAAGGAUCAGCUUCCAAUCCAUGUAGCCUUUGUGAAAGCAAUGCUUAAAAGUGAUAUAGUAGCCCUGGAGGGGGAAGUCGAACUGAGAUUCACAGUCGGAAGGGAGAGAAUAUCUUUGCACACAAAGCUUUGAAGACUUUCGGAUUGAUUCAAAGCAACAAGAAGGUUAGAACAUUUUUCAUAUAUCCAAAUAUCUUAAUUAUCUAGAUUAUUAUUUAUUCUGGUGUUUAUCUUAAUUAGUUAUAAUUAUCUUAAGGAUUUUUAAUAGUUUUAAGAUUAUUUGGUUUUCAUAUAAAUAGACGUCUAUGCCUAGAGUUGUAUUCAGAUUAUUGAUAUUGAUAUUUUUUAAAAGAGAUGUUUGAAACCCUUUAUUUCCUCGUUACGGCUAGAACUCGAGAAUUCUCAACGAAUCAAGAAGAUUUUGAUCCUAGGUAUUCUCAGACUAAAUAGGAUUCAUUGUGUUAUCGUAGCUUCCGCUACAUCAACAUUGCUACUAAAAAGUGGGAAAAUUGAAAUAUUACAACACUUAAGACAUAAUAAACAAACAAACUAUCUUGUCAACGAGCAAGAUUUGGAUGGGAAUAGGCCUCUACAUAGAGCUGCUCCUUGCCUUACUAGACAAAAAAUUGUUCAUAAAGAACUAUAGUAGCUCAACUUCCCGGGAUAUUGAGAGCUGAAUCACUACAUCUUUCGGGAGGUAUGUCUAAGUUCUAGUCAUAACAUUACUUUAAAAAAAAUAUCUAGACAUCGAUAUUUACCCUUAUGUUUGAGUACAAAAGUUGACACUGAUAGUCUUAGUAUACAUACGGCCAUGUUCAAAUAGGUGUUAAACUUAUGAAGAUCAUGAAGCUAACAAGACCAUAAUGCCAAUGGACAGUGCAAAAACAAAGAGUACAUCAAUGCUCAUAGUGUUGGCUGUUCUUGUAGCAACCGUAACAUUUUUACAAUAUCAGAUAGAUAUAAAAGCUGUGCACAAAUGUCUAUGACAACGAGAGCAUUUCAGUAUGGCAUAGGAAGGUUAUCAGUCACUUAGGGUUGCUGAAUUCGAACAAAUUUUCGUGAACCCUACAUUUUUGUUUUACGUUAAGUUUACUUUUACAGAGAAGUGGUAACUGAAAGUAUGCAUGAAAAUGAAGUUCAUGUGUGUUAAGAUCACAUUACUUUUCACAGAAACAGGAUCGUUGACCAUGAUAGAAAAUGGGACAUUCUUGACCAUGAAGUAUCAAGUAAACGCUAUUAGAAAUAGAACUAAUAACCAUAUCAAAUGUACAUUUCAAUUUCCCACACCAAGGUUUACUACCCUGAUCUUAGAGGGUUGCCGUGCUCGAACAAUUUAUCAUGUACGGUUCUGAUAUAGUGAUGGUAAAUGUUUGGUACUUUAAUUUGGUAUACCGUAUACAUGAAGUUCUUGACCUAGUGAUGGUGUCUUCCAUCAGUUGUCACAAGUUUGUCUUACUGUUCACUUUCUUGAGUGUAAGGAAAGAUAGUCAAAGGUCGUUCAAAAAAAGAAAGAUAGUCAAAGAAAUGUACAUUUUUGUUUGUUGAGUUCUAAUAGAACCGUUCUAUCUUUGCUGGAGGACUAUCUUUUCUAGAUGAAAUGCAAAGUUAAUAGACAUGAUUUGUAUGUGAAUAAUUCAACCCAUGGGUAGAAAAUUUACUUUUUUUGUAGAACGUUUUAUGGUGGAGAAAUCUCUCCCAUAGCAAGCGAGUAACUGAUAAGUUUUCUGGACUUCCAACUUAAAACCAAUUGGUACUUAGUGGAUAGGCCUAAAUCCCUUAUAUAUUACUGAAAUCUUUUACAUAUUUCCAAUGUGGGAUCUUCUCUCCAACACACUCCUUCGAGAUAAUGGUGCGUAUAACCAUUAAUCUCGAGAAUACAUCAUACCCUUCCGAGACCAUGCUUUAUUUUCUAGCGAUCUCGGUGGCACUGAGCCUUCUAUAGAUCAUCAGCUAAUGGGAUGAUCGGGUCACUGUUCGGACCAGAUUAAUGGGUCAAGAUGUUAAGCCCGCUCUGAUACCAACAAAGAAUAAGAAAGAUCAAAGAAACUUUAUCCCUUAGAGACAUGACUCGAACUAUGUUGAAUCUUUCUUCAAAUUUUCAAAUUAUGAACAUACAGUACUUCUUACAAUAACUAAUAAAAAUAUAUAAAAGUAUGUAAAAUGGUUAAGUUAAUUUAAUUAGUGGUAAUACAUUAAUAUGAAUUAUUGCCUAUUUCCCAACAAUAAACCAUUAUUGUUACAAGAUUCAACACUCCAAGUACACUAUUUUACUCACUACCCUUUUAACUUUAAAACAACAUGAUGUUUUAUAGUUAUUUUUAUCUAUCUCUGGAUGAAUAGCCAAGCUGUCUAACAGUGACACCUUAGUUUAAAAAAUGAGUAACAGCGCAUUCAUUGGAAAACGUAAGCUAUUCCACUAACGAUCUUUUGCUUCUUUUUUUGUCAAACAUAAUUUACUUUAGUUGGGUUUAGGUAAAAAAUUACUAACAGAAAUAAUAAGAAAACAUUCCAAAAAAUAAAUCCUUAUUAAUUACAAAUUUACAAUAGGUUAGUGGAGAAAUGAAAAUGACACAGAACCUACAAAUUAUAAAAUACCAAAGGUAAUUAAGAUGAAAAGGUAAAUGAUAAGUAUCAUGCUCAGUCACAUAUAUAGUGAAUUUUAAAAAAUUAACCACUAAUCACUUGAUCGAAAUUUCAUUUUAGUGUUUGGAUCUGUUGUUUCUCCCUUAUAUAGUGGAGUCAAACUAGUCAAACGAGUUUCGUUGGAAGCACAUAAACAAACAUUUUUCUUCUUUCCCCUAAAACAAAGUUUCUAUUACAAAUGAAUAUUUAAUUAUAACAAAAAGAAAAGAAAAGAAAUAGUAUUAUCUUUAAACUCUCUCUCUAUCCCGCUCUCUUCCACAGACAGUCCCUUUGCACAGAAGCGAAUUGACUAUACAUUUACUCUCUCGAUCUGUCUUAAGCUUCCCUUUUCUUCCUCUUCCAAAAGGUCAUCUUUAAAAAGUUUUUUUUUUCCUUUGAAGAAUUUUCUGGAGCGUGAUCCAGUGAUGAUGAUGUGGUACUGAGAAGGGGUUGGAAACCGAAUCAUUUCAAAGGGUUUCAAUCAUGAAGAAACAGAAUGAUGUUUCUGGCAGCACCAUACCGCUCCAUGCUCGCCCUCUCACUCGUGCUUACUCUAAGAUGAUAACAUCUUCAGAAGUGGAUGCUACAACACAGAGUCUAGGACAUGUCGCGAGAGCAAAUACAAAGAGAGCAGCCUUGGAUGAGAAGAAAGCCAAUGCACCUAAGAAGCGAGCUGUUCUUAAAGAUAUCACAAACGAGAUCUCACCUAAGUUGGAGAACAUCAAGCAGAUAGAGAAGGUGGAAGCUGUAUCCACUGUGGCAAAUAUUCUGAAAGUCAUUGACAUUGAUUCAGAUGAGAAAGAUCCUCUACUUUGUAGCCUUUAUGCAUCUGAAAUCUACCACAAUCUGCAAGUUGCCGAGCUUCAACGCAGACCAUUUCCUGAUUAUAUGGAAAGGAUACAAAGAGAUCUGACUCGGACAAUGAGAGGAAUACUAGUUGAUUGGCUUGUAGAGGUCUCAGAGGAAUACAAACUUGUACCCGACACACUCUACCUCACAGUGUAUCUCAUAGAUUGGUUUCUCCAUGGAAACUACAUUGAAAGACAGAGGCUUCAGUUGCUCGGCGUCACCUGUAUGUUCAUUGCUUCAAAAUACGAGGAGAUCUUUGCGCCACGCAUUGAGGAGUUCUGCUUCAUCACUGAUAACACUUACACAAAGGAUCAGGUCCUGGAAAUGGAGAGUCAAGUACUUAAGCAUUUUAGUUUUCAGAUUUACACACCAACUUCAAAGACAUUCCUCAGGAGGUUUCUCCGAGCAGCUCAUGCUUCUGAUCUGCAGAAACCGAGGGUCGAAAUGGAGUUUCUAGCGAACUAUCUCAUCGAACUGACGUUAAUAGAUUAUGAGUUCUUGAAAUUUCUUCCUUCGGUCAUCGCUGCUUCAGCUGUUUUUCUUGCUAAGUGGACACUGAACCAAUCAAGCCACCCUUGGAAUCCAACUCUUGAACAUUACACAACGUUCAAAGCCUCAGACCUCAAAGCAUCUGUUCACGCCUUGCAAGAUCUGCAGCUUAACACCAAAGGGUGCACCUUAACCUCUAUACGUUUGAAGUAUAAGCAAGAGAAGUUGAAAUCCGUGGCGGUUUUGUCUUCUCCGGAGUUACCUGACAGGCUAUUCUGAAUAGAGAUUAAACCGAGCGGUUCAUCUCCUAACCGAAGCAUAUGCAACUUAGAAACUGAUGGUCUGGAUCGUCCCUCUCUCAUUUAUCUGUUACUGUUAAGUAAAACGUCAACCUUUCCACGGUCUGGAUUUUUAUUUAAUACCCAGUAACCGGAUUAGUUAGUGUUCGUUUAUUCCGGUUUAGUGUAGACUUGUUUGGUUCUUCCAAACCGAGAUUAUUUUAAUUCAAACGGAUGUACAUUUUUUCUCGUUCUAUCAGGCCGUUUCUGGUUACGGAACA